AUGGCGUCAACGACGGCGACAGCCAUCCAGAGUAGUCGACCACUUCCCAAAGACUUUUCCGCGCAGCAGCCAGAAACGAUUCGCCUCUAUCCGCUAAGUAACUAUACUUUCGGCACCAAAGAGACACAGCCCGAAGAGGACCCCUCUGUAGUCGCUCGACUCAAGCGAUUAGAAGAGCACUAUGACCUUCAUGGGAUGCGCCGAACUUGCGAGGGUGUCCUUGUCUGCCACGAACACAACCACCCUCAUGUGCUGAUGCUACAAAUCGCAAAUGCAUUUUUCAAGCUGCCCGGAGAUUACCUACCGUUUGACGAGGAUGAGAUUGAAGGCUUCAAGAAGCGCUUGAAUGAGCGUCUGGCUCCUGUGGGAUCCCAAUUCUCGGGAGAAGGUGUGAACGAGGACUGGGAGAUUGGCGACACAUUGGCCCAGUGGUGGCGCCCCAAUUUCGAAACGUUCAUGUAUCCAUUCCUACCGGGUCAUGUCACGAGACCCAAGGAGUGCAAGAAGCUAUACUUUAUCACGUUGCCGAAGAAGAGUCAGUUUCAGAGCUUCCGUCCCCCGCACGCUGCCCGUAUCCCGCGCAUGCCAUUCAGCUCAAGUGGUCUCUGGAAGGUUCUUUCCGUGCCAAAGAACAUGAAGUUGCUGGCAGUUCCCCUGUUUGAACUCUAUGACAAUACCGCCCGCUACGGUCCCCAGCUCUCGGCCAUUCCACACUUGCUAUCCCGAUACAACUUUGAAUUUGUGGACGAGAACGACAAUGUCGUGGCCGUGACCCCGGGCACACCUUUGCCUGCCGACCAGAUUCCACGCACCAAGGUUCUUGCGGGGGGUGAUGACGGACAGGACACCGGCAUGACGGAUGUUGGUGAGGGCGAGAACGGAAAUGGAGGGCAGUAA